AGUGCAUCGACUGCCAACGAGCCUAGUGUGCCCGGUACUUGUGACCAACCUGCUCCGGUCGCAGCGGCGACUUCCGAGACACCUAAAGGAAAGCCUGGAAGGAAACCAAAAAAGAAAUCACUUGUACGGAAUGUCUCAUCCGACUGAGUUUCUGUUCUAACGUUGUCUCAGUCGCAAGCAGUCAUAUCAAAAGAUGAUGGUGAAAUGGGUGACGUGCCUGUUGAUGCCAUGACCACGCCAAACAAUGCUGCCGCUUCACCCGACGGCCCCGGCUCAUCCUCGAGGCGAGGACUGCGCACCCGCACGCCCGCCCAACAACGGCCAUAUUUCCACAACGCACAGGUUUUUGAUGAUUUAGUAGCAGAGCCAGAAGUCGAGCCUGAAACACAGCCCUCACCGCCCAAACCCAAACAGAAACUUAGGCUCACCGGCCUGGCUCAGGUUUCAUUUCCUGAAGUUCAAGAGGAGAGACUGGCACAGGAAGACGUCGCGAUAUCAGAGGACAACUAUGAUGGCGAUGAAUUAAUGCUUGAUCCCGAAGAGCUGCGGCCUCCGAGAAAGGCACAUUACAAGGGCAAAGGCCGAGCCUGGAAGAAAACUUCGGAUGAUGAGGACCAGGACUACAAAUCACCAGUCAAGGUCAAAUCAAGCCAACCGACGCGAACAAUCGGGCGAAGAAAGUCCACUCAAACGGCCGAAGAUCCGUCUGAGGAGCCUGCAAGCCCAGCGUCUACGAGCUCAGUGCCUGCAAAGCAACAGCGACAAGAAGCUAAGGUGAACAAGAAAUUUGAGCCAGUCACGCAGAGCCCAACGCCAAACCCUGGCAAGAGGCCACGCAAGCCACGGAAGAUAUCACAUCUGUCCGAGGAGUUUGUAAGAGAUGAUUUCGACACUGCCCCGGAGGAGCACAAAGAGUCGGAAAUUAAGACAGAGCCUCAGAAGACCCAGUCAAUUGAGUCCGCAAGCCCCGCGCAGAGAACACCCAAGAAGAGAGGCCGGCCCAGAAAGUCUGAUCAAAGCUCUGCACUGAAGCCUAGGAAAGAGAAGACAACGACCGAGGACCCCGGUUUGGCAGGGAAAUUCUCCCAAGCGGUGUCUCCUGCGAGACCAGCCCCAGCACCCAAAAAGACGUUGGCAGCAGCAGAUAAAGUAGCGCCCACAACGACCAAUGGAGACAAGAACAGCAAUCCCGAGCACGAAGAAAGGAACCCAGUCCAAGAGUCCACAACGCCCACCAACUCUCCACGAGCCAAUCUCAUCAAUUUGAGCGCCUCAUCGCCACUCCGAAGAAAGACACCUGAAAAGUCCGAGGUCAUCUCGCUCUCCGGCUCAGACGGGGACUCCGACAGUGAGCCAGAAGUCAUCUCAGAAAAAACCUCAACCCGACGCAGCCUCGCGUCUGAACUGCAGGCUCUGGACGACAGCGGCAAAGCGGUCAUGCUGUCUGGUCCUCCCGGCAUAGAAGCGCCCAAACCAGCUGCUGCUGCUGAGGAAGCCGAAGUUGUUCAACGGCCUAGUCCGCCGCUGGAGGCUGCUUGAAUUGUCACACAUGCAAUGGGAUACGUAGAAGGAGG